AUGUCCUCCCUAAGCAGCUCCUCAGAUUCUGGCUCUGACUCUGACUCUGCCUCGUCUUCGGCGUCGAAGCGCGCACUGGAACAGGAGGAUGUCGAAAGCAGCAAUGAGGAAGGCGAGAGCAGCAGCGAGGACGCGAGCGAUGCCGGGGAAUCGUCUGCGAACUCGGAGGAGAUCCCAGUCCUCUCCCAUGCAGAGCAGCGGAGACAGAAGAAGAAGGAGCUGAAAGCCACUCUAACACCGGCGGACGAGCCCACACAUACGAAGAAGAAAGAAAAGGUGCAAAACACCGCAGAGCUCGCGCCGUCGAAGGUCCCGAAGCGCCAGAACUCGGUGUGGGCGGGCAACCUGUCGUUCAAGACCACGCCGGAGUCGCUACGGGGCUUCUUCGACGGCGUAGGGGAGAUCACGCGGGUGCACAUGCCCAUGAAGAUGGUGAGCGGCGGGCCAGGGGACAAGGGUGCGCGGAAAGAGAAUCGUGGGUUUGCAUACGUCGACUUCGCCACCGCCGAUGCUAAAGUGAUCGCAAUCACACUCUCUGAGAAGCCCCUUGAAGGGAGGAGGCUGCUAAUAAAAGACGGCCAGUCCAGUGAUGAUUACAGUGGUCGCCCUGCCCCUCCGAUUGAUGCGGCCGCUGGCGCCGACGCGUCCGCUGCGAGUCGCAAGGGCUCUGGAAUGUCGAAGACCGCGCAGAAAAUUCUUCGCGCGCAGAAGCAUCCCCCGGCGCCUACGCUCUUCCUGGGAAACCUCAGCUUCGAGACCACAGAAGCCUCCAUCCGCGAGCGUUUCGCGGCACACUGGAAGCAGACGCCGCACGAGGACACAGACGACAAGGCAGGCGCGUCGGCCGCUGGCGCGUGGAUCCGCGCAGUGAGGAUGGGGACGUUCGAAGAUAGCGGAAAGUGCAAAGGGUGGGCCUUCGUCGACUUCACGAGCGCCGAGCACGCUACUGCGGCUCUCACCAACCCACGAAACCACCGCCUCCUCGGACGGGAGCUCGUGAUGGAGUACGCGUCUCCCGACGCCGUCCGCCGGGGCGGGGGCAGCGCGCCUGCGGCGCAGAAAGCGCACGGACCCCACCAGACGCGCCUCGACGCGCGGGAGGCGCCGACGUUUUCGAAGCGCAAAAUUCGGACAGAGGAGCCCGAGGCGGACAUGGAAACCGACGGGGCACUUGAGCCGCGAGCAAGGCAGCGGCGGCGCCUGGGCCCGCAGCCUCAGAUAUCGGACAGGAAGCCACAGCGCGAUUGGAAGCCCUCGAGGGCGAGGGUGAAACCCGGGGCGGCUUUGGCUCAGGCUAAACGUGAAUCGGCCAGUAUUGUGCCAAGUCAAGGACAGAAGAUUGUGUUUUAG